AUGUCAUUGUGUUUUUCAGGUGUUUUGUUAUCGUGUUUCGUGACUUUGAGUAGAGCCCUUUACGGACCUCAUACCGAUGUCGUAGAGCUGACGGCAAAUAAUUUUAAAUCUAUGGUCAUGGAUAGUGAUUCAGUAUGGCUUGUAGAAUUCUUUGCCCCGUGGUGAGUUAAAAUUAUACCUCUGUGGUUUUAGUUGAUGCAAGAUUUUGUGACAAUGUAAUAAUGCCUCGACACGAUGCAAGAUUCAGGUCUAGCUAUGCUAAGCUAAGCAAUUACCGCAGCUAAAGUGGGAUGAAAAGAAGCCCAGGUUAUCAGCUUAGUUCUAUGCGAAAUUUUUCCAUGUAAAAUAGGUUUAAGCAACUCAUACCAGUAAUGCAAAAUGGAAUGUAAUAAAAUACCUUUCUUAAUUUAAUUUUGCCUAAUUAAUUAAGAUGAUCAUGUUGACCAUACAAAAGGAUAUAAACUGUUUACUAUAAACUUUUUAAACAUGUAAACAUUUUCCCCUGAGUUGCUGUUACUUAAGCCAGGUUCUUAUAUGAUACCAAUAACCCUGUGAGUGCCACCUGGGAUGCUGAGCUAACUGAAGUCGCCAGGAACAGAGCUGUAAUACUUGGCUCAAGUUCAACUUCACAAGCAUACCAGUGGCUAGCCUGCGACAACAUCCAUUUCUCCUCGCUCCUCGCCGCCAGGGACAUUUCGCGAGGAGGAACGUCUGAAACUCAGUGACAGAAAUUCCAUACUGAUGACGUAAAAUCUGUCCGGAAUCCAACGCUGAUUGGACAACAGACUAGUUACAUUGUUUUAGCUAUUGUUUACGAAUGACAGACAAAAGACAAAAGGCUACAAAGGUCAAAUGUAAACACGAUGAAUCUAUAACAAAACAGUCAAUAUUUGUGGAAUAUAAUCUCUACAAAAGAAGCAUUUAAGUUUUGCUAGAGCUUUUUCACAGAUGAAGACAACACUUUACCAAAAUCGACCAAGAGAAGUUUACUUAAAAUUGAACAAAAUUUGCAUUUGGAACCCCAUGACAUGACUACCGAAUCUUUAUGUAAACAUUGAUUUUUGUCAUCAGUAUGGAAUUUCUGUCACUGAGUCACAGACGUUCCUCCUCGCGAAACAUCCACAAGUGUCGAGGAGCGAGGAGAAACAGCUGUUUUUGCAGGCUAACCAUUGCCCAACCUGCAAUGUUUCUUGUUGCCUGUCAUCAGUGUUAUAAAAUAUGUUGGUACAGUAUCCCAGGUGGUAGCCAUGUUGCAGUUAGAUCGACAGCAUAAUUAGAACCAGGUCAUAAGGGAACACAGAAACAUCUGUUGUCUUACAAAUGCCUUCGCUGGAAGAAGAUCUCCUGGGGACCCAGUGGAAUCCAGGCAUGGGUACCCAAAGGAGUGGGUGUUCCUGAAACCUUCUUGGCCAAAAUGUUCAGUCGUACUCUUCGUAAUUCUCAAACUCUCUCAACAGACAACUGAAUCAAAGAGCCUCUAAUUCCAUCCAGUGACAGUACUACCCCUUUGCUUUAAUUCAUGUGUAAAAAACCAUUUUCAACCAGUAAACAAAGGAUUGAAUACAGAAUUAUUGUUUUACUCGCAGCUCACAUUAAAUACUUGAACUGUCAACUGCCUGUGCACAAUUCUGGAUCACAGCUCAGUGCAUGAACAAAACAAAACCCUGUAUACUUCCUCCAAUUUGCUUUAUUUCCAAAGAAGCUAUUUGGUCCUUAAUGAAUGAUACAAGCAAAGGAAAAGGGACCAAAAUAAUAAUUACAUUUGACAGUUGAAAUAACAGGAAGUUCAAAAAUUUUCUUGCUCAACAUAUCAUCUCUCAAAAAUCAAUCCUUAAUGCUUAACCUUUUUCCUCACCCCGCCCUAAUCGGGGAUCAUCAAUAAUUAGGUUAACCCUUCAAGUCCCGAUAGUGACCAACAUCAAUUUUCUCCUACAAUAUCCAUAUGUUGCCAAGAGAAAUGAUUAUGAGAGUUAAUAAAAUGAUCACCAAAGAAAAAAUGCUUUGAUCUGUUAUCAAACUGUCUCAACUAUUUUGUUAAGGAAAUGUAUGAAAGUCAGUAUGGAGAAUUUAUAUAUGGAUUUCGGGGCUUAAAGGGUUAAGAACUAACAGAGUGAAUGGUUGGGUCAGCUGUGCAUAAAUCAAACAACAAUAAAUUUAUUGAGCAAAUUGUGUUCAAGUUGUUUCUUUGUUUCUGAAGGUGUGGACAUUGUAAGGCAUUAGCUCCUGAAUGGAUUAAAGCAGCAUCAGCUCUUAAGGUGCAGUUCUUAAAACCAUCAGAAUUAUUUUGUUUUAACCAUUAUUUUCAACUAUCACACAAUGCGCAAAGUUGUAUAUCUGUUCCCAUUUCUUGACAUGUCAAGUUUUGGUGCAAAGUAGAAAGUAAAACUUAAGCUCAUUGACUAUAGAUGAGUAUGGGGAAGUUGGCUAAAAAUCGGUGGGAGCCGUAAGCAAAAAUGAAAUGUAACCUUGACAACCCUAUGAGUGGCAACUGCCAGACACUGUGACUAAAGAACUUUUGCCUUUGAAAUUCAUCACCCAAAACUUUUCUUGACCUCUAGUUUACAAUGGCUGCAACUAUAGGCCAAGUUUGGAUUCGUUUACUGGCAGCUUUGUUACUUGGUUAUUGCAGACACCAACCUAUUAUAUAUAUAUAGCCAACUCAAGUUUCAACAUAGUUACGUAAUCCACGCAAGUUUCAUGCAAAAUGCGAAUAUUUUCAACAAAAUAUUACUAUAACCCUCCUUUUAUGAGGAAUUUUAAAAGCACAUCCAGAGGGAAAGGAGGGCUGUGAGCAAAAAGGUUAGCUGGAUGUAACAGGCAAUUAACCCCAGAUCACAUCUUAUAAUAGACUGUGGAGACUAUCAUCAAUACUUUUGGUGUUAUGCUACAACCUGUACAGUUACUAAUGUCACUAUGUUUUGUUGUUAGGGAGUUGUCAAAGUUGGAGCAGUAGACAUGGAUAAUCAAAUGAAUCAACAAAUAGGUGGCCAGUAUGGGAUCCGUGGAUUCCCCACAAUAAAGGUAUCUGUGUCUGAUGUUUAUAGCCCAAAAGUCUUCUGGAAUAGCUAACAGUCUUAUUCCAUUGUGCAUUUGGGUAGACACGUCGUACGCAUGUUUAUGAUGACUGCAAGACUUACACAUGAUUUUUCACAUCACACUUGAAAUCAUGUCAGUCUUGUGAGACUCAGGGCACCUACUUUGCCAAAAGUGGCUGGAUGGGUUCAUUCUUGGAUAGUGACAGUGCAUGGCAUUGACAGGUUUUAGUCUAAAUUUCAAGAAAAGACUGCUAUUUUUGAUUACUCUGUCCAUUGGAAAAUGCCCUUAGUAGUAAAACAUUCACAUGUAAUCCUUUUCCUGCUAAAUGAAAGCAAAUAUUUUUAAAAUUGUCUAUCUUAGGUUUUUGGAGCCAACAAGAACAAGCCAGAUGACUAUAAUGGUAUGUGUUGUCAGUUGUAGGGUUAUUUUACUAAAGAAUAAAGCGUUUUGUUGCUUUUAGUAAUAAGUAUUGGUGAUAAGUGUUGGCAAUAUUGGAGACGGUCAGUCACAGUGGUUAUGGUCAUGGUGAUGGUGGUAGUAAUUUAAAGGGGUUGUAACUGAUAAAUAUUAUUACAGUCAAACCAGGUCAAGCGUUCCCGUCGCUAACAAACUAAUGAAUUCAUUAAUGGAAAAAUGAUUUCGUUUGUUGAUUCAAUAAUCCAUUCAUAAAAUGAAUAAUCCAACGGUCAAAUUGUACCUCGAUUCAAUAAUCAAAUGUUGAUUUGGUUUAUGAACAAAAUCUACCUGUUCUUUAUUCUUGUCUGUUGUGUUCAAUCGUAUUUGCUUCCCUUUUCCUGCUGUUUACGAUUGCGUUUUUCAUUGCCUUUAAUCAAAAUAACAGCUAGAAUAGACAGACCGCAAACGCAAAGAAACUGACAAAGGCCGAGGAUCGAAAUCCACCAAUCACCGCACAUACACUGACCUCAGUUUGACCGUCGUGUUUUCUAAGAGGUCAGGCCUAGGUCUGUUGCACUGAUUAUUGGCAGCAAACUGGCGUACAUGUAACAGUUUGUUUGGGUUUCAACUUCAGAACUCGCCAGCACUUGACUCUCAGAAAAAAAAGAGGAAAACACAAAAUUCUGAGGUCAACUUGUGGAAAGUGUAAUUUUUCAAAAAACAGUAAUCGAAUCAACAUUCGAUUAUGGAAUCGAGGCUAAAUAUGACUAUUGGAUUGCUCAUUUUAUGAAUGGAUUAUUGAAUCAACAAACGAAAUCAUUUUUCCGUGAAUGAAUUCAUUAGUUCGGUAGCGACGGGAACGCUUGACCUGGUUUGACUGUAAUAUUAUUGUAACAGUUUGUAUCUUGUGCAUACCCUAAGGUGCUAGAACUGCACAGGCCAUCUGUGAUUCUGGUCUCAGUGCUCUCAAAUCCAUGGUGAAAGACAGGUUGUCAGGAGGAGGACGUCGAUCUGGUUCCAGUGGAGGAGGAAAGCAGGUAGAUUUUUAAAGCUUUGUUUAUUAAUUAUUGUUUGUCCUUUGACAGUAACUGUCAUCUUCUUCAGCUUUUUGUGAAAUUUUACAAAACCCUUGUUUAACAUCUUCUCAUGUUUUGAUCAAAGCAUGGAGAGAGUGGACACGCUUUUGCCAUUUUUGAAUUUAAGCCUUGUUGCAAAACGCAAGUAUCUGUCAGCACUUUAAAAUAAGUAUUUAAAUGUUUUUCACAGGGCAGUGGAAAAGCUGGAGACAAAAAGGAUGUUAUUGAGUUGACAGACAGCAACUUUGAAGAAGAAGUUCUUAACACAAAGGACUUGGUUCUAGUGGAAUUCUUUGCACCAUGGUAAGUGUUUUAAAGUUUUUAAAUUGAGCUUGUUAGGAGAUCAGUGUUUUUUCAGGAGUUAAGAGUAAAAAGUAAAGGGAUACCCAUAGGUUUCUUCAAUCCUGGAAUCCCAUUGGUUUUUAUGAAUUGGCUAAUCGCAAUCGUGGACAUUCCUUUUAAGACCUGCCUUAAGUAAAGAAAUAAGAUAAUGAAAUCAAACAAGUGCUGUGCUCAAAAAGGCACUUGACAAGGUCAAGGAAAAAUAAUAUGAGCAACUUUUGUUAAGUCAAGAUGGGUGGAAUUUUCAACAUUAAUUAUAAGCAAAUGAAGCUUAGUGGUAGUUUCCUUACAGGAAUAUCAGUCCUUUAAAACAUUUGCCAAAUCCCGCAUGGCAAAAUCACUAUUAAACCUGGUAUCCCAUUCAUAACGUACAUCCCAAAAUCAGUUGUGCUCCUGUUUGUCUCUAAAAUCCUGAAUUAUCCUAGCCUUCAACAUGUUGAAUCCUGUACCCAAGAAAACCUACUGCUGCUGGAUGCUCAAAAAGAGAGCCAAUGAUUUGCCUGCACAGCUGGUGAUUUUGCGUCUUUGCCGCUCAUUUCUUCACUUAACAAAAAAUAAUAAUGAUAAUAAACUCACUCAGUGCCAGCUAUGCAGGCUACUGCAGGAUCCAGCAGCUUUUCUUUAGCAAUCUUUUCUAUCAUCAUCAUUAAACUUCAAACUGGAGCUGAUAAAAGCAUUUAAUAUCUUCUUGUUUAUCCUAGGUGUGGUCACUGCCAAAGGCUGGCCCCAGAAUGGGCCAAAGCAGCAACAGAACUUAAAGGCAAAGUGAAAGUUGCUGCUCUUGAUGCUACCGUUCAUACUGUCUCAGCUAGCAGAUAUCAAAUUCAAGGCUACCCGUCCAUUAAAGUGUUUAAUGCAGGAGUUAAGAAUGCACAUAGUGUUGAAGACUAUGAAGGACCAAGAUCUGCUUCCGAUAUUAUCCAGUUUGCUCUGGAUAAGCUUGCAGAAUCCAUUGAGCCACCAGAGGUUUUACAAAUUGUUAAGAGUCAGGUACUGAAAGAAAACUGCGAUGACAAACCCAUCUGCAUUGUUGCUGUUUUACCACACAUCCUGGACACUGGGGCAUCUGGAAGAAACCAGUAUCUGAAAAUCAUGAAAUCAAUGGGCGAGAAAUAUAAGAAGAAGCAGUGGGGUUGGAUUUGGGCUGAAGCUGGGGCACAGCCAAAGCUUGAAGAUGCUUUGGGUAUGGGAGGAUUUGGUUAUCCUGCUAUGGCAGCCGUUAAUGUGCGCAAAAUGAAGUAUGCUACCUUAAAGGGUCCCUUUGACAAUAAUGGUGUUGAGGAAUUCCUAAGGACUGUUUCGGUUGGGCGUGGCUCCACCUCUCCUGUCAAGGGUGCAGCUUUACCCAGUAUUGACGACACAGAACCAUGGGAUGGAAAAGAUGGAGAGAUGCCAGUAGAAGAGGAUAUUGAUUUGUCAGAUGUAGAUAUGGAUGAAGAUGAAACACCUAAGAAGGAGGAACUAUAAGACAGUGCACCUGGCUUGUUUGUUAACUUGUGUGCCAAAUUUUUAUGUCCUGUUCCACAGCUUGUCCACAACAAGACUUCUUUCAAAUUUUGUUUUGUUGUGUCCAUAAUAUUUUCUAAACUCACUUGGAACUUAUUCCAUGUUGAGACCUUCAUUGUGGAUCGAAGUGCUCUAUAAAAGAUACACAAGCAAGUUUAGGAUGGAUUUUUAUUACUGGCAGGUUUCCUUAGUAUUAAAGUGAAAUUCUUCAAUAAAAAUAAAUAAAUGCCUUGAAAAGGGGGCUUAACAUGA